AUGGACCACAAUAGCAAGAUCGUCAUCAUCGGGGCGGGCGUCUUUGGCCUGACGACCGCCAAACAACUCACCUUAGAAGGUCACCAGAAUAUCACUGUCAUCGACAGACACAUGCCGCCAGUAAGAGACUUCAUCGUCGUCCAUCAAAGUUCUAUGACUCAAUUCUUACAGGUUCCCGAUGGAUCAAGCUCUGACAUCUCCCGGAUAAUCCGCUUCGACUAUGCUGACAGUGAUUACUGCACCUUGGCAUAUGACGCUUAUCGCAAGUGGUCACAGGACCCCAAGUACAGGGGCAUUUUCUACCCGACCCAGUACAUCAUCGCUGGUUCGAGGGGCAAUUCUGAAAAGUCUUGGACGGACAAGACUACAGCUCAGCUAGAUAAGCGACAACUGCCUUACACUCGAUUACCCGAUACCGCAGCGGCAAAGCAAGGGUUUCCCAUUCUGACGGGUGAACUCGCUCGGCCUAAUUUCGAAGGCUACCUUAAUAACUCUGGUGGCUGGGCUGAUGCCAACAAGGCAAUCAAGCAACUCCGCGACGAAUGUCUUGAACUAGGCGUCUCCUUCGUCGCUGGUCGAGCUGGUACAAUUAUUGGUUUCGACAGCGAUGCUAACGGUGUCAUUAAGGCUGUGAAAACAGCCGCCGGAACACCUAUUUUUGGGGAUAAUUUUAUUCUUGCGGCUGGUGCCUGGGCCUCCGGUUUGGUUUCCACGUAUAACUCAACAAUUUCCACAGCGCAAGCUUUGGGAUUUCUUCGUUUGACGGAGUCCGAGAUGAAAAAGUACAAGGAGCUCCCCAUCUAUGUCAACUACUCCACGGGAUGGUUCAACUUCCCUCCACACGAGGACACAAACAUGCUCAAAUUUGCGGUGCAUGGUUGGGGAUAUACUCGGGCGCCUUCCGAAAGCGACAACAACGCGAUCAAGUCCAACAUCUCGGUACCCCCAGCUGUUUCACGAGAGCGCAAGAAUUUCGUGCCUGUUGAUGCUGAGCAACGUCUCAGAGAUGGUCUGCGCGAGAUUCUACCUGAGCUGGCUGAUCGAGCAUUCGAGAGAGCUGCGCUAUGCUGGUACACGGAUACGCCAACGGGUGACUUCAUCAUGGACUAUCACCCAGACUAUAAGAACCUGUUCAUCGGUGGAGGCGGAAGUGGACAUGCCUUCAAAUUUCUCCCAGUGUUGGGCGAAUGUAUGACAGGCGCUAUUAACAAGACCCUUCCCAGUCAUUUGGCAGAGAAGUGGCGCUUUCAUAAGGAAUAUGAGCAUCGUGAGGAUACUUUCCUUGGAGAUGGUAGCCGGGGUGGGCCUGCGAGGCGAGAGCUCAACUCUACUGAGAAGGCCAAGCUGGUUGGGGAAGAGAGGUCUAAACUAUAA